GUCUGUCAAGCACUGGAGGGAGAGGCAGUGACGUUCUCCUGUAUUUGCUCUCACUCAGAGCAAGUGUUCCCUUAGCUGGACAGCAGUGCAGCAGUGCGCAACAGAAGGAGGGAUUGUGGAAACUGGGAAUAACAGCAAAGACCAAAGAAGCCAGGACAAUAUACAAUAGUGAACUACUAAGUGAUCUGCCAGCUAGUUCUACUAUUUCAUUUGUAUGCUGACCACUGAAAUUUGCAAAUUCCUUUGGAACAAGUAUGCUUAGCUUUUUCACCAAAUCAUCUUGCUUCCUUCUCUUUUGCUGGUGUACCUUCCUCAGCCAGCUGCCUCUUUACUUAGGGUUCAAUCUGGAUGUGACCAACACAUUGAUCAAGGAAGGAGAGCCAGGCAGUUUAUUUGGAUUUUCUGUGGCACUCCACCAACAGGUGAACCCACAGCAACAGAACUGGAUAUUAGUUGGUGCCCCCCAAGCCUCUGGCCUGCAGACUCAAAAAUCCAAGCGCACUGGAGCACUGUAUCAGUGUCCUAUCACAGCAGAGCAGCAGGACUGUGAACGAGUGGACAUUGAUGAAGAUGAGGCAAUAGACAGAGAGAGCAAAGAAAACCAGUGGCUUGGAGUUACUGUGAAAAGCCAGGGGAUUGGCGGCAAAGUUGUGACAUGUGCUCAUUUAUAUGAGUUGAGGCAACGUGUGAAACGGCCCUCUGAAACGAGGGAUCCAAUUGGAAGAUGCUAUGUGUUGAGUGACGACCUUUCUGUAAGAGAUGACCUUGAUGGAGGCGAGUGGAAGUUCUGUGAGGGACGGCCCCAAGGACACGAGCAGUUUGGAUUUUGCCAGCAAGGAAUUUCGGCUGGCUUCACUCCUGAUCACAGUUAUAUUCUGUUUGGCGCUCCUGGAACUUACAAUUGGAAAGGUGAGACACGUCUGCAGCUCCUGAACCUUACCAUGCUGAACCUUGAGAUGUUCGAUGAUGGCCCUUAUGAGGUGGCGGAUGAAAACCUCAGGAACUCCUCUUUAAUUCCAGUUCCCUCCCACAGUUAUCUGGGAUUCUCUGUCGAUUCAGCACAAGGUAUUACUGGACGGCGGGUACUCAGUUUUGUGGCAGGUGCUCCCCGGGCUAACCAUACAGGGGCAGUAGUCCUGCUGCAGAAGGAUAAUGUGUACCGCUUGGUGCCUGAGCACAUCUUGUGGGGAGAAGAACUGGCCUCAUCUUUUGGCUAUUCUGUAGCAGUGGCAGAUCUUAAUAGUGACGGAUGGACAGACUUGGUGGUUGGCGCCCCAAAUUUCUUUGAUAGAAAAGAGGAGAUUGGGGGUGCCGUAUAUGUCUACAUGAAUCCAUCCGGUCACUGGGAACGAGCCACACCAAUAAGGCUGAAUGGCACCUAUGACUCUAUGUUUGGUUUGUCUGUCAGUAACGUGGGCGACUUGAACCAGGAUGGCUUUACAGAUAUUGCAGUGGGUGCACCUUUUGAUGGUGAUGGAAAAGUAUACAUCUACUUAGGAGGAGCUUCUGGCAUUAACACCAAACCUACACAGGUGUUAGAUGGAGUGAGUGUGGCAGUCAAACAUUUUGGAUACUCCAUAUCAGGUGGCCUGGACAUAGACGGGAAUGCUUACCCUGACCUAGUUGUUGGAUCCCUUUCAGAUAUUAUUGUCCUCUACAGGUCACGUCCUGUUAUUCAUGUCAAGAAUGAGCUCUUCAUUAACCCUAGCAACAUUGAUUUGCAGCAGAAGAAUUGUGCAGGCCGAGACGAGGUGUGUGUUAAAGUGAGGGCCUGUUUCACAUAUACUGCUCACCCCAAAGCCUACAGCCCACACAUUGUUCUCAGCGUGAUAUUUGAGGCUGAUGCAGAGCGAAGAAAACUAGGCUUGCCACAUCGUGUAAGCUUUCUGCGUCGAAAAGAAGGAGAGACGGAGUAUCAGCACACCACUGAGGUGGUACUUCGAGGACAGAGCAACCGUGAAUGUCAUACAGAAGAAUUCCAGUUGCAGGAAAACAUCCGUGACAAGUUGCGCCCCAUCUCUGUGUCAUUUACUUACUCUAUCAAAGAUGCCCGGCUUGGACAUCAACUCAUCAACCAGCUUGGGGCCCUUCUACCAGUUCUCAAUGCAGCUAUACCCAACACUGUUCACACAGAGGUGAAUUUUCUUAGAGAAGGCUGUGGAGAUGACAAGAUAUGCCAGAGUAAUUUGCGCCUGGCAUUCAGAUUUGGGAGGAGAGCUCCAGGGAGUGAGAAUUUCAUUCCCCUUGAUAUAGAAGAGGAAGAUGGUAUUCCUGUUUUUGCACUCAGUGGCCAGAAAGAUGUGGCUCUUGAAGUGACCAUCACUAAUCAUCCUUCAAAUCCUAGAAAACCCAUGGCAGAUGGAGAUGAUGCCCAUGCUGCUCAGCUGUUUGUGCAUUUACCAGACUCUCUGUCCUACAGUGGCUUUCGAGGACCACAGGAUAAACAGCUAGUCUGUGUGCCCAACACCAAUGGAUCCCAAGCAGAAUGUGAAUUGGGAAAUCCCUUGAAGCGGAAUGCGGUGCUCACCUUCUUUCUAAUUCUGAGUACUUCAGGCAUCACCAUUGAGACUACAGAGCUGGCUGUUGGUCUACAACUGGCUACAAUCAGUGAGCAGCCAGACCUUCCGCCAGUAGUUGCAAAAGCAAGGGUGGUGAUUGAAUUGCCUCUGUCGAUCAGUGGUGUUUCCAGUUCCCAUCAGCUCUUUUUUAGUGGCACAGUAAAAGGAGAGAGUGCCAUGACGACAGUGGAGGAAAUAGGAAGUCUUGUGGAGUAUGAAUUCACGGUCGCCAACCCAGUAAAGAAUCUUCAAACACUUGGCUCUGCUUUCCUAAACGUCAUGUGGCCCUAUGAAGUGGCCAAUGGAAAAUGGCUUUUGUACCCCACUAGAAUUCAGUUUAUUGAUGAUCGAAACAGCCACUGCACCUCAUCCCAUAGGAUCAACCCACUUGGGCUAACACUGGAUUCGCAAAGCCUUACAGGACAGAGGGCUUCUCAGCUCAGACGAGGAAGGUCCACUGAAGAGGAAAUGAGAAGCACAGGGUACGAGACCAUUGGGAGAACAACACCAGCCGUGGCAGCUUCUGAAAGGAGGAAGUCUCUAUCCCUGGAUUGUUCUCUUGGUUCAGCCCGUUGUAUGCUGCUACAGUGUCCCCUACACAACUUUGAUGGGUCAGCCAAGCUGAAAAUCCAAGGCCGGCUAUGGAACAGCACCUUCAUAGAGGACUUUCCCAAUGUUUCAGAUCUUGAAUUGCUAGUUGAAGCCAACGUCACUAUCAAGUCUCACAUCAAGCAUCUUCGUUUACGGAAUGCUAAUGCAAGGGUCGCUGUGAUGGUACAUCCUGAGCAUGCCAUCUCAGACUAUGAAGGCAUUCCAUGGUGGAUCAUACUGAUAGCCAUCCUUGCUGGCAUUCUGGUUCUUGCCCUGUUGGUCUGCUUGCUGUGGAAGUGUGGCUUCUUUAGACGUGCCCAGUACAAAGACACUGUCCCACAGUACCAUGCAGUGAAGAUUCCCAAGGAGGACCGGUCACAGUUUCAGGAUGAGAAGUCAGGAACUUUGAAAAAGAAGGAAUGGGCCACACACUGGAACGAGCGGGAUGGGACCUCCUAGAGGACAAAAUUGUACAUAGAGGAACACUCACCUGCUGACAGACACAAUGGAAAACCUGGGUAGAGCAUCCAAGAUUGCAGAAACAGGGCAGCACAUAAACAGACCACGCCUAUCAUCAUCCUCCUCAUUACCUCCAGACUGUGAUUCAUCAGGCAUCCUAAACAGGCCAUGGUGGACCCCUGGUGGGCAAGCCCAGCCCAGGCCUGGACUACUGGAGCUCCUUGUAGAUUGUUGAGGAGCCAUCUAUUCAGAAACGGAACCUUAAUACCCCAAAAUGGACAAGACUGAACUAUUUUGUAAAUUAAACUCACCCAGUUCCUUGGCCAUUAAUCUACCCAUGCCAGUGACUUCUAUUUUGUGUCUGACUUCUUUUUCUGAUGGAUUUGCACCAGAUGUAGCUGAUCCUGGUUCUGGCAUCAAACAAAGUGCAAGGUCAGCCAUCUCAUCCUGCCUGAUUAGCCCCAUCUUGUUUCUGAGCUUUGUGUUUAGAAAUUAAAUUUUAUGUCAAAUGUCUUAAGAUGGACAAACAGGGCAACCUUUCUUAGCUUAGUGAAGGAUGGACAGCAGCAUGAAACCCUUAAUCAUUCAUAUCCUUAGUGGGUAGUUGGGCAGGACUCAUCAUUCCCUGCGAUUCAGUUUGGGAGGGCAGGACCUUCUCAUAAUGGGCGAGCUGCAUCAUUCUGAUUGGGUGGGGAUGCAUUACCAGGGGAUUUUUUUUGUCUCAACUUGGAUGUGUUGAGGACCCGCUAAUGACAAAGAGAAACGGGGGGCCUCAAUCAUCUUCAGGAGUUUGGGGCUGGAAAUCAGACUUCUACUUUGCAGUUUCUGUUUUUUACUGGUGUCCUGGCCUUUGUACUGGAGGAUGAACAGCAUGCUUAUUCAUCAUGGUCAAAACUUGCAUUUUCUUAUUUCUCUUUAGUUUUAGAAUAGUGUAGGUUAUGUGCAUAGUAGGGUGGGUUCCCCUCGAUGACAGGUUUCCUAAGUUGCAUUUGUUACUGCUAGACUUGAAGAGGCAAAAUAGGUAAGAAAACUGAGUCAAGGCAUUUGAUGUCUUCUCCUCUCCCCCCUUACUUUGCUCCUAGUCAGUCACACCUCUUAACAUUUGAUUCCUAUCAAGUGGGGACACCAUACUUUAUUAUGCUAAUUUUGUCAGAUGAAAAGACACCUAAUUCUUUAGGGUUUCUUUUUUUGUGUUCACAUUACAGCUUAUUGUUUGGUGUGGCCUGGUCUAGUCUGAGGGGCAUGCCUGACCGUCCUCUAGCUUUUUACUCAAAGAGUAGCACUUACUAAAACUGACAGCAGCAGUUUCCUUUAGGUACAGUUUCUUUUGUUCCUUGUUUUAUGUGCCUUAUCUUCUGUGAUCCUUUUUGGGGGCUCCUCUCAUUACUGGGUUCUUCAUUUGUACCACAUGAAUGUUCUAUGAACCAAAGGAUUAACAACUUGUCUCAAACACUUUGUGUGAAUUGUUUGUACAACAAUGAAAUAAACAAGCUACUGAUCGUGUAA